GUGGGGGGUCCCCUUCACCCCUUUCCUCCCUCCCUCCCUCAGGAUGGAGGCGAGACCCCCCAGCAAACCCAGACUGGCCUGGGUGGAGGAGGACGAAGCUGGCCCGGCUCCCAGCUCCGGGCUGAAGUGCAAUGAGAUGCGUACAGGUUCAUGCAUCUCAACUGCGGACGUGUCCAGCGAGGAAAAGAACAGCCUGGACACCAUCGAGGCGUCCAUCAGGAGCAGACCAAAGCAAGAAGACCAGAAGCUGAGGUUUCUGGAGUCCGUCUGCACCAUCUGCACCACCAGCAGCAUGCACUCCUUCCUGUGGGGCACGCUGCUGCUCUUCCAGCCUGAGCUGGCUGAGACCCUCGAGUCACCCCUUUUCGUCCCGCAGGUCUCGGGCACCGAGGGGAGGCCGCGGGUGGCGGCCGGCCGGCCGGUCGACGAGGAGGUGUCCAGCGAUUCUGAGACGGAAGGCCCGUUGCAGGGACGGCGGCGGCGGGAGGCGGUGGCGGCGGAGGAGGAGGUGGAGGAGACGCCGCAGGAGAAGAAGCUGCGCCUGGCCAAGCUUUACCUGGAGCAGCUGCGCCAGCACGAAGAGGAGCUGGCAGAGGAGGAGGAGGAGACCCAGCAGGCGGAUCUCAUCGGCGACCGGCUGAAGGAAGACGUGCUCGAGCAGAAGGGCCGCCUGCAGCGCCUGGUCGCCGGGGAUGUGCAGCCUCCGGAUCCAGCCAGCAUCCGUGUGUUUCGGGGACACCAGCUGCCCGUCACCUGCCUGGUUGUCUCUCCAGAUGACAGGUUCAUCUUUUCUGCUUCCAAGGACGGCUCCCUCAUCAAAUGGGAGGUGGAGAGUGGGAAGAAGCUGUGUGUGGUGCCUGGGGGGAAGAGGGGCACCGAGGAGCAGCACAUGGGCCACGCGUCCCACAUCCUCUGCAUGGCCAUCUCGUCAGAUGGCAAGUACCUGGCCACGGGAGACAGGAACAAGCUGAUCAUGAUCUGGGACACAGCUACCUGCAAGCGCUUGCACAUCUUCACUGGGCACCGGGACGCUGUCUCAGGCCUGUCCUUCCGGAAGGGCACGCACCAGCUGUACAGUGCCUCCCAUGACCGCUGUGUAAAGGUCUGGAAUGUGGCGGAAAAUGCUUAUGUAGAGACGCUGUUUGGGCACCAGGAUGUCAUCACGGGGCUGGACAGUCUGAGUCGGGAGUGCUGUGUGACGGCAGGGGGACGGGACGGCACUGUGAGGCUCUGGAAGAUCCCUGAGGAGUCACAGCUCGUGUUUUGUGGGCACCAGGGCUCCAUCGACUGCAUCCAGCUCAUCAAUGAGGAGCACAUGGUGUCUGGAGCUGAUGAUGGGUCUGUUGCUCUGUGGGGGGUGACAAAGAAGAAGCCACUGGCACUGGCCCGGCAGGCACACGGCAUGCAGGAUGCCCAGGGCCUGCAGCAGCCGUACUGGAUCUCAGCGGUGGCCGCCCUGCGCAACAGUGACCUCCUGGCCACAGGAUCCCACAGCACCAGCGUGAAGCUCUGGAAGUGCAGUGAGGGAUUUCGGAAGCUGGAGCCUCUCUGGGACAUCCCCUUAGUGGGUUUUGUCAACAGCCUCAAGUUCUCCGCAGCUGGUGACUUCCUGGUGGCUGGCAUUGGGCAGGAGCACCGGCUCGGCCGGUGGUGGAGAAUCAAAGAAGCCAAAAACAGCAUCUGCAUCAUCCCACUGAAACAGAGGGCCACAGUUCCCAGCCCGGAAGGCCCUGACAGCUCUUAGUAUGGCUGGAGCCAUGUCCUUAAACUGCUGUCCCUGGAGCUGUGCCCCGUGUUCUUCAUGCAACCACCUUCCUUGGGACAGCAGCAUGUCAGAGAGGGCUGUCGCGUAGCCUCUUACCCUGCUGCUCCCCAUGGUGUGCCAUGGCUCUGCCCUCUGCGAGGGUCUGUCCCCUUCCCUCAGGUUCAGUCAUACCUGAGCUCUGGAAGAGUCCAUUAAAAAAAACCUAAACAACAAAACCACUUUAUUUACAUAAAUUACAAAAAGAAAAGUCACACUCUUGUUCACAGAAUAAAUCUACUCUUAAAAACUU